UGUCCGGCCUCGGCGAGGGGGAAGGAGGCUGGGAACCGCUCCUCCCUUCGCUGGCCGGCCUGAGAGGGGAACAGGACUCCCAGGAUGCAGUUUGUGUCAACACGGCCGCAGCCCCAGCAGCUGGCCAUCCAGGGCCUGGGACUGGACAGCGCGAGCUGGAGCUGGGCCCAGGCGCUGCCCCCCGACGAGGUCUGCCCCCAGGAGCCCGGCGCGCCGCGAGCAGGGGAGAUGGCCGAGGGCAUUCCUCCCAUGCAGGCUCAAGAAUGGGACAUGGACACCAGGCGUCCAAUGCCCUUUCAGUUUCCUACCUUCCCAGAGAGGGCACCUGUUUACCCUGACCGAAUGAUGAGGGAGCCCCAGCUGCCCACAGCUGAGAUCUCCCUCUGGACUGUGGUGGCUGCCAUUCAGGCUGUGGAGAGGAAGGUGGAUGCCCAGGCCAGUCAGCUGCUGAACUUGGAGGGGCGGACAGGGACGGCAGAGAAAAAGCUUGCUGAUUGUGAGAAGACAGCAGUGGAGUUUGGGAACCACAUGGAGAGCAAAUGGGCCAUGCUGGGCACCCUACUCCAGGAGUAUGGUCUUCUGCAAAGGAGACUGGAAAACAUGGAGAAUUUGCUGAGAAACAGGAACUUCUGGGUCCUCCGCCUCCCCCCAGGCAGUAAAGGCGAGGUCCCUAAGGUGCCUGUGACUUUUGUCGAUAUAGCCGUUUACUUCUCUGAGGACGAGUGGAAGAAUUUGGACGAGUGGCAGAAAGAGCUUUACAAUAACCUCGUGAAGGAGAACUACAAAACCUUAAUGUCGCUAGGUGCUGAGAAUCCAGUGCCCAAGUCAGAUGUCCAGUCUCGGGUAGAACCUAGGGAGGAACCAUGUGUGUGGGAACAGCAUAAUCCAGAGGAGAGAGAAAUUCCAAUGGAUCCUAACACAGCUAUAGAAGCUCUGAUCCAAGCACCAGCUGCUUCCUCUCAGGUGAAGAGGGAAGAACCAUUGUGUUCCAGAGUUCAGAAGUGCUCAGAAGAAAGAGAAAUUGUUGCAGACACUGUUACUGACUCCCCAAUUUCUACCCAGGACAUCUUAUCUCGGAUUAAGCAGGAGGAGCAACAUUGUGUGUGGGAUCAGCAAGAUUUGGAGGAAAGGGACAUUCCCACAGACCCCAAUUCAGAAUCUCUGAUCUCAGCACAUGAUAUUCUAUCAUGGAUAAAACAGGAAGAGGAGCCAUAUCCUUGGGGCCCAUCAGAUUCAAUGGAAAGGGAUAUGGCUAUUGAUGCGAGUGCUGGUGAUGGGCUGCUAAUGGUCAAGAAUUCUACCUUACCUGUACCCCAACACCAGUCCCACCAACAAAAUAUGACCCCACUCCCUGGCACUGAGAAUCCAGGUGGGGGGCCGAGCCGGGGAGUUGUGGGGAUGCUAGAUGAUCUUUUCCCAAUGGUCCCGAGGGAACGGGGCCUUUGUGAAGGUCUCCAUAGUCCUCCAGGGAGCCCCACAGGUGAGAGUGGCACUGGUGAUGGUAGCAGCAUAACAGGUGAGCAUCAGCGGAGUCACUUCCUCUCCCCUGGACAAGACAAAUCACACUUCUGUCUUCAGUGUGGCAAGACGUUUGAUGUUCGGAAGAGUUUGAUGAUUCACCACCGGAGCCACACCAAAGAUCGGCCUUUUGAGUGUGCUGAAUGUGCAAAGAGCUUCAAUUGCCACUCAGGCCUGAUCCGCCACCAGAUGACCCACAGAGGUGAGCGUCCUUACAAAUGCUCUGAGUGUGAGAAAACAUAUAGCCGCAAAGAGCACCUUCAGAAUCACCAACGUCUACACACUGGGGAGCGGCCUUUCCAUUGUGCCCUGUGUGGCAAAAGCUUCAUCAGGAAGCAAAAUCUGCUUAAACACCAGCGCAUCCACACAGGCGAGCGACCCUACCAGUGUAGUGAGUGUGGCAAGAGUUUCCGAUAUAAGGAGUCACUCAAGGACCAUCUUCGGGUGCAUAGCGCCAGCCUUGGGACCUCUCGGCCCCACCAGGCACUGGAACGGGACUAGGCCAGUGCUGAGGGGUGGGGGUGGGAUAUGGGGGGAGAGGGUAGGGGAAUCUGGUGAUAGAAUGAGGUUGGAGGAAGGUGGGAGGGUUGAAACCCUCUGAGGAAACACAGGACAGGCAACCAGAUAGGAGAACUACAAAUUACUAGUAACUCUCCCCCUCCUUAUGCCCCUUACAUGGUCCUAGGGUUUGGGGACCUUAAUUGCACUCCACAUCAGCCCCUUGAAAGCUGGGCAAGGAUGUUUGAUCCACCCUGCCCAGCUUGAAUGGAGAGCUCAGGUCUUCACUCACCCACUGGACCAUGGACCAAAGGGGCUGACAGUAGAACCCUACCCAAGAGUUGGGAACAGUUUCAGAAGGUGAUGGUACAGAAGUCUUAGACUGAACACCUGUAAAUUAGGAGUGGUUGGUGCUACUGGGCCUGAGUCAGCUCUCAACCCCAGCUGUGCUUCUCAAUCCUAACCAGGUAAGGGAUAGGGAGGGGACCCUCCCUUUGCUCCUUCCUUGAUUGGAUACAUUCAUCCAGAGCAAGGGAAGCAGUGAACCCAAGAUUACCUGGAACAGCAUUGAGCCCAAGGGUGGUGAACCAGGGAUUCUCAGGCCCAUCCAGGCCUGAAGGGACAAUCAUUUAUACUGCAGGUAGGAGAGUCCCUACAGAAAAAAGGGAGGCAGAAAGGAAUGGGAUCUACAAUGGUAGCACCACUUUGUCUUUGAAUAGUGCUUUAAAUGUUCACAAAGCACUUUCUAGGCUCUUUCCUCCUUUCACCUUCACCGCCUCCUUCUUUAUCCACUGGAUCAGAUACCCUAGAUCUUCCCCUUUGCUGGUGAUGGAUCUUGAGUCAAGAUAGCCUUAUGUCCUUUUGACAGAUAAGGAAACUGACCCACAGGGAGACUAAGCAACUUACUUGAAGUCACAAAGUAGGACCAGAACUCAGAUCCUCCCGACUUCUAGUCUAGUGCCUGUGCUGUUCCACCAUAUUGUCCUACCUCAGUCAUGUGAGCACAUGCUUCAGCCUGGUCCUCUCCUGCCCACCCUCCUUAGGACCAACAAGGAGUGCUUGUGGUUACUUGUUGUAGGUGGGGGAAAUAGGAAGGCAGAUGGCUCACAUUGUGCCCCAUCCCAUGGCUGAAGAUGAUGUUGCUGCAAUUUGUGCAAAUCUCACUGAGCUUUUGAGGGAGGAAUAGCUGGGGCCUAUCUCCUUCCUCAAGAGCUGAUAGAGCUGCAUCUUAUUUUGAUUGCAUGAGAAAAAGGGGCUAGCACUUCCCUGGAGUCAGAUCUUGUCCUGCCGAAGGGACCAAAACUGAUUUAAUCCAGCUUCUCAAAGGAGCAGGAUAGUAAAGAGGGAUUAGAGUUGUGAUGCCAGAAGGAUGGGCAGACUCUUCCCAAGAGUCAAGUAGGUGCCAGCCGAGGUUCUGAGAUGCCUUGGCUGUGGUUCCUCCCUCGCCCCUUAACCCCUGGGCUCUCUUAAUUGGUGCUAUCUGUACAGUUGAAGACAGUUAUGGGUAUUGAUCCUAACGUGUCAUGGUGCCUGGUGAGCGUUUUUUUGGUUGUUGUUGGAUUUGUUUUUUUUUUUUUUUUAGAGAGCGCCACCUGACUCCCUUUUUUUAUGUGUGCAUCUAUUAUGUGGCCCCAGGGCCUUAACUCCCCAGGGGCCACAUUAUUUGUGUCUGUGUGUCUGCAUGGCCCUACCAAAAAAAAAAAAAAAUUAAAAAAAAAAAUAAGUCCACUGAGGGUGGGAUGAAGUGCCCUGGGGCUCUCCAUGCAUUUAUUUAAAAAAAAAAAAUUACUUCUUUUCCCUCCCUUGCACUCUGACCCCUGCUUCUCUCCCACUUUGGAAGGGAUUUGCCUUGGGAGCAGCAAUGAGAAGGCAGCCCUCCAUGCCAUCCCUUUUGAACUCGCAGCUUCUGAACCUUUUUCUUGUCUUUUUAGCUUCUCCUAGACCCCCAAAAUAAAAGGGGUGUCCAGAUUACAGGUGAUGGAACACUGACAUGUUCACAGUGCUGGAGCUUUCUCCAGUUUGGCUGCAUAUAGCAAAACUCAAUUAGAAUCCAGUUUUAUCAGAAGUUGCUUUUUUUAAUUGUUUGCUUUUGCUAUGUUCCAAUUUUAAUAAAAAAAGAUAACUCAAGCUGAGAUAGGAAUGUUGUUACAGAAUAGUCACAGAAUGUUGGAAGUGGAAAAGGGACUUUAGAGAUUAUCUUGUCCAGCUAUCAUUUUAUAGGAAGUUAAUUGAGGCCCAAGUAAAUUGAGGACUUAAAGUCACAAACUGAGUUAGCGGCAGGUCUGGGACAAGAAUUGAAGUCCAGUGAUCUCUCUCCCAAAUCAUACUGUACCACCAAAUGGCAGUAUAUCUUUUGGGACCAGUCUAUACUUAACCCUAUCAUCUCUGUCAGUGGCAGUUUCUAAGCCUGGAAAAUGACUGAUGUUCAGAAUGUUACUUCUAAAAUCUGCAAGACAGAUUGUAUCCUUGCCCCACACCUCCCUGUACUGAAAGAUUUUUAAUAAGGAUUAUAACAAUUAAAAAAAAAAAAAGGAGUUUCUACUUAAACUCCAGUUAACAAGAGUAUUUAUUGAGGGCUACCUAUUUCCCCAAUAAUCUGGCUUAUCAAGCUUUGAUGUGAGAAUGUAUUCCCAGGCCUGUCACCAGUCCUACUGCACCCCUCCCCCCCAUUAAUCCUGGACAGUACUAGCCAGUGCAAAAUCUAGAAUUAUCUAGAAAAGUGGUUCUCAAAGUAUGGUCAAGGGAUACCUCAUAAGAUCCUUUUGUGGAUUUAUGAUAUAAAAUACUUUAAUACUAUGAUUUUUUUUAUUUCAAUGCUAUUUGUAUUUAAAUACAAAACACUUUAAUACUAUGAUUUUUGAUUUUUAAAAUGGUAUAAAUAUCAGUAAGUAUAACAACUCAGCUCUUUUGAGGGGUCCUUAAUAAUUUUUAAGAAUGUAAAGAGUUCCUGAGGCCAGAAAAUUUGAGACCCACUGAUUGAGAAAAGCCUUUUCCACAAUUGUGCCCAUCGACUGGAUUCAACUUAUAUGGUGAGAAGAGGUCUCGGGAGAAUAGUUGAAUAAAGAAAAAAUUUGAAAAUGGCCAAGUGUCAUUCAGUAAAUAUUGAGUACUUGUUAUGCCUGGGAUACCAUUCUAGGCACUGUGGAAUAUAUAGCAAUGUGAAGGGUAUAACCUGUUCUCCAGGAGAAAUUAAUGGGAGAAAUUAAAUGGGUGUACAAAUAGCCACACUACAAAGCAAUUACAAUUGGCACAGAUUUCUUAUUUGAAAGACUGUCAUCUUAGGGAUUAUCCCUAAGACUUGUUUUGUUUGGCCUCAGGAGUCAGGGGGAGACACGAUGGGUGAGAAAAACUUUCUAAUAAUUAGAGCUGUCCAAAAGUAGAAAUGAAGUCUUCAGAUAGUCUGGAUGACUGGCAUCUGGGACAUUGAAGAAGAGAAUCCUGUUCAGUACAACUAGGCUUGGAAACUGUCAGGUUCUUUCUUACUGGGAGAUUCUAUGAUUCUAAGUGGAUUGCAGAAGGAAUUGCAUGAGUAAUUUCUCCCUCUUUUUUCUCCCCACAAAAGGUCACCAAAAAAAAAAAAAAAAAUGGUUGAGGCAUUCUAACUAAAGAAUCAAUUCAAGGAAGUGUUUACUGAAUUGAUACCUAUUCUGUCCUAUGCUAAGCCUUUUGGAAACAAGGGAAAACAAAAGUCUGCUAUUAUAAAUCUUACAGUUUAGUGAGAGAGAAGCCAUAUUUAGGCAACAAAAUAACAAAACAAUGCAAUGAGGGCCAAAUGAUAUAGCAUGCUUUCAAAAUUCAGAGGAAGGAAAAAAUAUCACUGGCUAGCAUGAUUAGGGAAAGCUUCAUGAAGAAAAUGAACUUGAACUGUCUUGAUGGAUAGCUAGAUUUGGAUGGGUGGAGAUGAGUGGGAUAUUUGGGGAGAAUAAGAUGUACAAAAGUAGGAAGGGGAAAUGUAUGAUUUCUUGGGAGAGAAAGUGAGGAUAUCAGUUUUGCUCAUCAGAAAAAAGUGGAAAAUUAGAAAGGUAGAUGGGAGGCAGAUCAUAGAAGAUAUUCGGUGCCAAACAAAGGAGCUCAGACUUACUGUGAAGUCAGUAAAGAGCACAAGAAGGUUCUAGAAAAAGUGAUGUGAUAUUCAAAUAGUGUCUAGAUAAAAUUAGCAAAAGCAGAAAAGUCCAGAUUUCACAACUGGAAUGGAUCUUAGAGAAUAUCUAAUCCAAUCCUGAUUAAUGUGAUCUUAGCUAAGGAUUUAUUCCCUCUUACAUCUUGUCUAUUCCAUAAAGAACAAAAGGUAAAUAGAAUAUAUUCUUGACUACAAGCCAGAUAAAUCUUUGCCUUCAUAAACUCACAGAUUCUGAGUGGGAAGAGACCUUAGAGGCCAUCUAGAUAAAGCCUUUUCUGGAAAAAAAAAAUCCCCUCGACAAUAUAACCCACAAAUGGUUAUCUACCCACUGCUUGAAGACUACGGUGAGGGAUCCAGGAUCUCCAGAGGCAGCCCAGUCACUUUUGGAUAGCUCUGAUUUUAGAAAUAAUCGAAAUUGUAGUAGUAAGGCACAACCUGUUCUUGCAAGGUAGAAUCAUGACAAGUAUUCUAGAACAUUAGGGGUGUUAAUCAUCUGGGGAGUAGGUCCUCUCCCAACAGGGUGGCAGUCUGUGAGAAAGUAUACCCCUUCAUGUAUGGGGAGUCUGAGAGUGAUUCAAUGACUUGAUUUUCCCUUGUUAUUUACUUUGCUCUUCUGUCUUAAUUAAAUGCUUUGCUAUUUGA